GUUGCAGGUGGUUCAUGGUUGCGCGCCAUUGUUCCUCAACGACAAGACCGAAUAGCACUCCAAUUUACAACGAGAUCGGCAACUUUUCAUGGCGUCAAUCCGUCAUCUUGCUAGAACAAUUCAGUCCUGCCGUACAAUCUCAUUUCGCAAAACCCUAACCCCUUCGAUUCCGCCUCUGCGCCACCUCUCUUACUGUACUUUCAAGCACAACGGCCACCCUUACAAUGAUAAGGCCUGGGGCUCAACAAAUGCUCAUGGAUUAAAUAUUCUCCCUGCUAUGCUAGCAGGGUUGCUUGGAUUUGGUCUAGUAGAUGUGGCCUAUGCGGAUGCACCUGAGGCUGAGGCUAAAACACCUUUGCCACCUAAAGCACCUUCAACGCACGUUGAUAUGGAGGCUAUUGCCAAAAAAGAAAGAGUUCGAUUAGAAAAUUUGCUUAAAAGCAAAGGGAUGUUGUAUGGUUCUUAUCCCCGGUUUACAGUUGCUGUGAAGGGCCAAAAGGUUACAAUUAAGUUCCAAGUUCCUCCUACAUGUGAAAUUGCACUUUUGAUUUCAAACAUUGUUGCACAUCUUGGUGUCAAAGUUGAGGAGCGAGCAACAGGUGCGGAUAUGAAUUUACGCGCUUGGGAUAGUGGUGUUGCGUGGCAGUUAACGCUCAACCGUCCCGUGGUCCAGAAGGAAGGCGUCAAGGAUGAUAACGAUUCUGAUGCAAAUCCAGAUGACGGAGAUCUUUGCGUUCUGAUAUUCCGAUCGCUCAUUAGUUCUGAUAAAGCAGAAAUGGAGUUCAUGAAGCAAGGGAGCUUUACUGCUGACGAGCUUGAUGCUUUGGUAUCCGUGUUAAAGUUGGCAGGAGGGGGACCAAAUAGGGUUUCGGACCGGAGAGGCGAUACCGCGCGUAACCCAUCGAUGGAUAAAUCGGUCGCUAGUCUCGAGGGCAUGGGGGUGAAGAUCUAUGGGCUUAAGGAGCCGAAAUUAGAGGACUCGAAGUCCGAGAUUUCAUGGGAAAACAUUGCGGGAUAUAAUCAGCAGAAAAGAGAUAUAGAAGACACGAUACUGCUAGCUUUGCAGAGUCCUGAGGUUUAUGAUGAAAUUGCUCAUGGGACCCGGUGCAAGUUUGAGACAAAUAGACCUCGAGCGGUACUGUUCGAAGGUCCACCAGGUACCGGGAAGACAUCCUGUGCUCGUGUUAUAGCUAAUCAAGCGGGUGCCCCAUUGUUAUACGUGCCAUUGGAGGUGAUCAUGUCAAAAUAUUUUGGCGAAAGUGAAAGGUUAUUGGGAAAAGUGUUUACGCUUGCUAAUGAAAUUCCCAAUGGUGCAAUCAUAUUCCUCGAUGAGGUUGAUUCCUUUGCUACUUCUCGUGAUAGUGAAACUCAUGAAGCUACUCGUAGAAUCUUGUCGGUCAUAUUACGUCAGAUUGAUGGGUUCGAGCAGGACAAAAAAGUAGUCGUGAUAGCUGCAACCAAUAGAAAACAAGAUCUUGAUCCUGCUUUACUAAGUCGGUUUGACUCCAUGAUAACUUUUGGCCUACCUGAUCAACACACUCGUCAGGAGAUAGCAGCUCAAUAUGCAAAACACUUAACAAAGACCGAGUUGGUUGAAUUUGCUGCAGCUACUGAAGAAAUGUCUGGACGAGAUAUUCGAGAUGUGUGUCAACAAGCAGAGAGGCGUUGGGCGUCAAAGGUUAUACGAGGUCAAGUACAGAAAGAUGAAGAUGGUGCUUCUCUUCCACCACUCCAAGAGUACAUCGAGAGCGCUUUAGAACGACAUAAGGUUCUACUUGCCGCAUCUGCAACCCCGAAACGCGAACGCGACCAUAGCUCUCCCCCCAAGUAUGCCUUCCUCUAAGAACAAUUUUAUCUUAAACCGACAGACUGGCUAUAUAUGUAAAUAAUGUUGGAUAUCUGGAUAAGAUAUAGGUUUUUAUCGAUUAAUAUUUGGUUACAAGAAGAAAUAUGGCAUACAUGAAAUUUAACGCA